GAGCAGCAGGGGACAGAACGGCAGAGAACAUCUGCACAGAGCAGCUGCACACYGUCAGCCUCAGGAUGCACCGCUGGGCUCUGCUCUGGACUCUCGUCUUACUGCUGAAAGAGGCACAGUCGUGGGGCUUCAGAAAUGGAAUAUUUCAUAACUCAAUAUGGCUGGAACAAGCAGCUGGGGUUUACCACCGGGAGUCACGCAAAGGGAGGUAUCAGCUGACGUACAAAGAGGCCAAGGCUGUCUGCAAAUACGAGGGAGGGACGUUGGCCACCUAUGAUCAACUGGAAGCAGCGCGACAAAUAGGUUUCCAUGUGUGUGCCGCCGGCUGGUUCGACAGAGGACGGGUCGGCUAUCCCAUCGUCAAGGCCGGGGCCAACUGUGGCUUUGGAAGAGUCGGCAUCGUCGACUACGGAUACAGGCUGAACAAGAGUGAGAAGUGGGAUGUUUACUGCUACAAUCCAAACUCGAAGGAGUGUGGCGGCGUUCUGACUGAGCAGCAGAAGAUCAUCCAGUCGCCCGGUUUCCCUGAGGAAUACCAGGACGAGAUGAUCUGCUACUGGCACAUCCGGGUGCGCCUGGGUCAGAGGAUUCGCCUCCACUUCCUGGAGCUGGACGUGGAGGAAGACACGUCCUGCCUGGCAGAUUACCUGGAGGUGUACGACAGCUACGAUGAUGUGUCCGGCUUCGCUGGAAGAUUCUGUGGUGACAAUUUACCGGAUGACAUCAUCAGCACAGGUGAGCUGCCAUCAGUUAUUCAUGACAGAAACAGUUUGAACUCUGGCUAA